CACGCCGCGGUAGGGGCGGAAGCAGCGCGGCCGCGCGUGUGCUGGGUCCUGCGCGCGGCUCAGAGGGGUGCCGGCAGCCGGGCAGCGCGCACCGCGGCUGCCGCUGCGAGAUUUUUUUAAUAUAAUGGCAACCCCUCGGGGAAGGUCAAAGAAAAGAACAGCUUAUGAUGGUUCAGAUAGCCUUCCUUUGAGGAGCUCCGGCAGGCAGGCAAAGAAGAAGGCAACAGAGACAGCAGAUGAGGACGAGGAUGGCGUGUCAGAGAAGAAGUAUAGGAAGUGCGAAAAGGCGGGCUGUACGGCUACCUGUCCUGUGUGCUUUGCAAGUGCCUCUGAAAGAUGUGCCAAAAAUGGCUACACAUCCCGAUGGUAUCACCUUUCCUGUGGGGAGCAUUUCUGUAAUGAAUGCUUUGACCAUUAUUACAGAAGCCAUAAAGAUGGAUAUGAUAAGUAUACCUCCUGGAAAAAAAUAUGGACCAGCAAUGGCAAAACUGAACCUAGCCCCAAAGCAUUCAUGGCAGACCAGCAGCUCCCCUACUGGGUUCAGUGUACCAAACCAGAGUGUGGUAAGUGGCGGCAGCUUACCAAGGAAAUCCAGCUCACUCCACAGGUAGCAAAGACGUAUCGGUGUGGUAUGAAACCAAAUACUGCUGUUAAGCCUGAGACCUCAGAUCAUUGUUCCCUCCCUGAAGAUCUAAGAGUGUCAGAAGUUUCCAACCACUGGUGGUACUCCAUGCUCAUCCUACCUCCUUUGCUGAAAGACAGCGUGGCAGCACCCCUGCUGUCUGCCUACUACCCUGACUGCGUUGGCAUGAGCCCUUCGUGUACCAGCACGAAUCGUGCUGCUACUGCUGGGGAUACCAGCCCUGGGAAGCUGGAGGCCUCCAAAGUGGCUCCCUCUGCGCUUGUUCCAGGCAUGAACCGGUACUUCCAGCCUUUCUACCAGCCCAAUGAAUGUGGCAAAGCCCUUUGUGUGAGGCCUGAUGUGAUGGAGCUGGACGAGCUUUAUGAGUUUCCAGAGUACUCCCGGGACCCCACAAUGUACCUGGCUUUGAGAAACCUCAUCCUUGCCCUGUGGUAUACGAAUUGCAAAGAAGCUCUUACUCCUCAGAAAUGCAUUCCUCACAUCAUCGUCCGGGGUCUCGUCCGCAUCCGGUGCGUUCAGGAAGUGGAGAGGAUACUUUAUUUCAUGACGAGGAAAGGUCUCAUCAACACAGGCGUUCUCACCGUGGCAGCUGACCAGUACCUGCUUCCUAAAGACUACCACAACAAAUCCGUCGCCAUUGUUGGGGCUGGUCCAGCAGGAUUAGCAGCUGCUAGGCAAUUGCAUAACUUUGGAAUUAAGGUGACUGUUCUGGAAGCCAAAGACAGAAUUGGAGGCCGGGUAUGGGAUGAUAAAUCUUUUAAAGGUGUCACAGUGGGAAGAGGACCUCAGAUUGUCAAUGGCUGUAUUAAUAACCCAGUAGCACUAAUGUGUGAGCAACUUGGCAUCAGCAUGCAUAAGUUUGGAGAAAGAUGUGACUUAAUUCAGGAAGGUGGAAGAAUAACUGACCCCACUAUUGACAAGCGCAUGGAUUUUCAUUUUAAUGCUCUCUUGGAUGUUGUCUCUGAGUGGAGGAAGGAUAAGACUCAGCUCCAAGAUGUCCCUUUAGGAGAGAAGAUAGAUGAGAUCUACAAAGCUUUUGUUAAGGAGUCCGGGAUCCAUUUCAGCGAGCUGGAAGGGCAGGUGCUGCAGUUCCACCUGGGCAACCUGGAGUACGCAUGUGGUAGCACCCUCCACCAGGUGUCUGCUCGCUCCUGGGACCACAAUGAGUUCUUUGCCCAGUUUGCUGGUGACCACACUCUCCUGAGUCCUGGGUACUCUGCAAUCAUUGACAAGCUGGCUGAAGGGCUAGACAUCCGGCUCAACUCUCCAGUGCAAAGCAUUGAUUACACUGGUGAUGACGUGCAGAUCAGGACGACAGACGGCACUGGGUUCUCUGCACAGAAGGUAUUAGUCACUGUACCACUGGCCAUACUGCAGAAAGGUGCCAUUCAGUUUAAUCCACCGUUGUCAGAGAAGAAGAUGAAGGCUAUCAAUAGCUUGGGGGCAGGCAUCAUUGAAAAGAUCGCCUUGCAAUUUCCAUAUAGAUUUUGGGACAGUAAAGUUCAAGGGGCUGACUUUUUUGGUCAUGUUCCUCCCAGUGCCAGCCAGCGAGGGCUCUUUGCUGUAUACUAUGACAUGGAUCCCCAGAAGCAGCAAAGCGUGCUGAUGUCAGUGAUCGCAGGAGAGGCAGUAGCAUCCGUGAGGACCCUGGAUGACAAGCAGGUGCUGCAGCAGUGCAUGGCCACCCUCCGGGAGCUGUUCAAGGAGCAGGAGGUCCCAGAGCCCACAAAGUAUUUUGUCACUCGGUGGAGCACAGAGCCAUGGAUCCAGAUGGCAUACAGUUUUGUGAAGACCUUUGGAAGUGGUGAGGCCUAUGAUAUCAUCGCUGAAGAUAUACAAGGAACUGUCUUUUUUGCGGGUGAGGCGACGAACAGGCAUUUUCCACAAACUGUUACAGGGGCAUAUUUGAGUGGUGUUCGAGAAGCAAGCAAGAUUGCAGCCUUUUGAAGAGAAUUUGGACCCUGCUUUUCUUUCUGUAUCCCAAGUGGGAAAGUUUGAAACACAUGUUCAACCUCAAUUUUAUAAGGGGGAACUCUUGAUAGGUGCAAACCCAUGCCACCACUCUGAAAGCAUGAGCUCCCCCAAAAUCCUUAUGAGCACUUACAUUUAAUUGCAUCUUCUAUAGGUCCAAAUAUGCUGUCUUCUGGGUUUCAGAGUAAGGCAGAAUAUAACCUUAAGUUGAGACCUUGAGUGUGGUUCUUCCAUGAUUUGGAGGUUCCCUUCAGAUUUGACAGUUUUUUUGGCUGAUCAGUUUUCAUACAUUGUGAAACCAAGUUAAACAAGCAGGAAAAACAACAUACUAGAUAAAACCAUGUCUGUCUUCUGUGAAAAUGUAUCAGUAUCUUUACCAAUGAGCCUUAAUAUUUUUAUAUGGAUCCAAUAUUGAACUUAAAAUCAAACUUUUUUUGAUACAUUAAUUUCCAGUUAAAGUUAAAUGAAGCUUCUAUUUUAUAACAUUUCUCCCCAUUGAAAAUUCAAAAGAAAAAUUCAGUUUAUCUUUGGAGAUAUUUUAGAGAUUUGCAUAAUCAUUGGCAAAACAAAAAUCUUAAUCCCUUAGAAUACCCCCCCCCAUUUAGAAUGGGGUGCAGUGUGUUAUCUUCACACCAUGACACAGGAUAUAGCUAUUUUUCUUAAAGUGCUACACAUUCAAAUCUGGAGUAUCCUUAAUUUUGGCAAUCACUAUUACUCAGUAUUAUGAUUCGGGAAUCAUAAAACAGAUUCAUAAUUUUUGUAUAAUUAUGUUUAGUUUUCCAUAGGCAGGUCCAUUGGAAAACUGCAAAAAAUGUGAGUUAUCUUGGUAAAUAUUACAUUUAUAAAAGCCUACAACACGGUAAGUAUUUACUUUUUCCACUUAAAUUGAUAAACAUGGGUUUUAAGGUCUUCAAGAUACCUAUUUUGUCAAGAAACUUUAGUUUACAGGUUGAAAAUAAGCUUAUUUAAAAAUUUUUGAACAAUUCUUUGAAUUAUAUUGGUCUGCUUUUAAAGCCACUUUUAAAAAUAGGAACUUUUCAAAAAAAUCACUUUGUAAGAACAAAGAAUAUCAUUCAAACAGUGUACAGUGAACUUCAGACACACACAUACACGCCACCCCCUCCCCAAAGUAUGAUACAAACAAAGCCAAGAGCUAUAUGUUUCAAAAAUUAGGAAACAUUGAUGUUUAAGUUGAGACUCAUUGGUACUGAUUAGGAGGUAUUCUGCUUUAAAGUAUUGUUUUAAAUGUUUAAACAGCAUGCAUUAUGUUAAGUGAUGAUAAAUGCAAAAUGUUUGAAAUGGUUCACAGUAAAUUAUUACUUUACUUUCUGAGCACUUAAGGCUACUGUGCUACAAGUAGGAAAAACCCUACUUAAAAGAUGGUAAAUGUGUAUUUAAAAUAACUGUCUUAAAUGACCUAUAUUUUGACAUUUUGUUCUUUAAGGAGAUAUGGUACUUUUCUUUAAUUGAGUUACUUUGAAUGUUUUUCAGUGUUGUCCCAAGAUUUUGUAAUUGAGUAGCAGCGAAUACACACUUUUACAGUAAUUUAACUUGCUGAUCACAAAUAGCUGGUUGUGUAAAACUGCUUAAUAAAAACUAGACUUUUUCAAAUA